AUGUCAACUGAAGCUCUGCCUAUUACCCCCGGGGCCUUUGCAGAGGCUAUAAAGGAGCUUCCCCUGGCUGUGCUCUACAGCAAAGUCUCCGAGCUUACAAACUCCAUCGCCCACCUACAACGCUCGAAUACCGAGCUCCGCACCUACUUGGCUGAGACAAACGACUCAGAAGAAGACAAAAGGGAAAUCGAGCAGUACGUGGCUGAAAAUGAGGAAGUUGCUGUUUCCAUGAACGGGCGCAUUGCCUUGUUGAAGACCGAGGUGGAAAAUCGCGGACAGCCGUGGAUUGAGCUCGAAGACCUGAAGAAGGUGGAUGACGAGGUUCCGAAUGGAGAUGGGGCCGGCGGAAAUACGGAGGCUCCUGAAUCUGCCGGUGAAGGCCAGGAUGAAAAUACCCAUGAAGGGGUAUACCUGUGA